AUGUUCGGCCGUCUCACCCACUACGCAUUCGAUGCCGUACUCUUUUCCGCCUUCCUGGCAGGUGUCAAGCGAUCCACGGGCCUCACUCUCAAAACCGAACAGAUCUCUGACAACAAGGAAGUGAAGCGCUGGGUCGACAACUACCUCGGUGUCGGCGAGUGGGUCAUGGAUCAAUCGGUGGCUGUGAUGGGCUCUUCGAGCUGGUUUGAGCGCCGGCGGUGA